AUGGACGAGCAAGAAAGCCAAUUUCUGGACGAGCUCGAGGCGUUUUUGCGCCGGUCAGAGAUUGGGUUCUUGUUCUCGCUUCACCCAAAUACCACGGUCACGCCAGGUUUUACACCGCCCGAGCCCUGGUUAUCAUGGUGGGGCUGGGCCGGCGAACCGACCCCGAAUGCAGAGCCAAAAUGGCGGCUACUCUGGCGGUACUAUGCCCAGGAUACACCUGUGGACGAAGGCGAUUUCGUGCACAUCCCCGCUUUGUUGCGCGAAUACUUGCGCCAUGCACGCGGACUGCAGCUCAAUCGCAGCCAAGGAGCAGAAGCUACGAUUCCAAAGCGGGAGCGGCGAGAUGGCUACACUCCCACAACCAAGGUCUUUCCCAGAAACGUGAAUCUACACGGCAUGUCGCCCAAAAAGACACACGAAGUGCAGUACAUGUCCAAGUACGCCGCUAACGUACUGUCUGACCUAGCGGCUCAUGGAACGAUCGUCCGCCAUGCAGUUGACGUUGGUGCGGGACAGGCUUACUUGUCCCGAGCCCUCCGCGACGACUGUAAUAUCAGUGUACUGGCCGUAGAUUGGAGCUCUGUACAAGAGGAGGGCGCGGCACGACGCGAACAGGACGCAAAACGGGCACAAGGGAAGAGGAAGAAGGUCGAAGGAGAGAACGGCCAGGCCAGCUCUGUAUCCUUGGACGACACAACCACAAGGCUGGCGUACAAAAAGAUCGUCAUUACAGCAGAUUCCCUGGUCACAGUCACUAAGGAGUGGACUACGAAACAAUCACAGCGGGAUUUCGCGCAUACAUCGACUGAAGACAGCGCUAGCAACACUCCGGUUAUCCUUGUAGCUUUGCACGCCUGUGGAUCCUUGACUUUGGAUGUCUUGCGAGCCUUUGUGCGCCAACUGCGAGCGGCGCAAGAAGGGGAAAUCUCGUGGAGACCUGCCGCCGGGCUGGUCGUGGGCUGCUGCUACAAUCUGCUUAGGCAGGAAGGUAAGCUAAAUCCGCUAAUCCUUUUGACAACCGGCAAUCUGAUCGUGAGCUUUGCGGAGAGUCACCUCCAGCUUGCUGCACAAAUGCCGCUGCAAUGGGGCCGGACCGACGCUGCGCUCGAUGACGCUUCUCUUGCUGUCCGAAAAAUUGCGUGGAGGGCACUACUAUCUGGCAUCUUGUCUCAAAACCUCGAAGAGCAACCAUUUUUGAGCGGAAGAACUCGAGAGUUGAGGCGAUUGGGAAGAUUGAGUGACUCUGCAUACCGAGGCUGGGAAGGCUUCCUUACCAUUGCCCAGGAGAAGCUCGGCGUCGAAAUGGCUGGGGUUGCUAGGGACGGUGUCAUGGAGAGUCGCCUGGAGGUUUUCCACUUACUUCGAUGUGUCUUGGGGCCUGUCGUCGAGAGUUUCAUCCUGCUAGACCGCAAGCUAUGGUUGCAGGAGCAACUUGCGAGUCUCGGGAUGUGUUGGCAGGUCCGCCUCGUGAAUUUAUUCGAUCAGAGUUCGGGUAGUGCUCGCAACGUGGGGAUUGUCGUCGUACCUCGUUCGUCUCGGUAG